AUUAAAUUAAGCAGCUCCAGGUUUUGGAACAGUGGUUUUGCCAUACCGCUUUCCUCACGCUUUACAAUACCAUUACCACCUUCUUCCAAAAUAGAACUCUCUCUUUCGUUAAUCUUCCCUUCAAGCUCGAAUUAAGAAGAGAAAAUGGGGAGAGGGAAGAUUGUGAUUCGUAGGAUCGAUAAUUCGACGAAUAGGCAAGUGACUUUCUCGAAGAGAAGGAAUGGAUUGCUUAAGAAAGCAAAAGAAUUGUCAAUCCUUUGUGAUGCGGAAAUCGGGUUGAUUAUCUUCUCCAGCACUGGAAAGCUCCAUGAUUUUGCAAGCACCAGCAUGAAAUCUAUAAUCGAACGAUACAACAAAGUCAAGGAGGAGCAUUACAAUCUGAUGAAUCCUACUUCCGAGAUCAAGGUAUGGCAAAGGGAAGCGGAAAACUUGAGGCAACAACUACAGUAUUUGCAAGAAAGUCAUAGGAAACUUUUGGGAGAGGAACUUGCUGGAUUGAACAUUAGAGACCUCCAAAAUCUGGAAAAUCAACUAGAAACGAGCUUAAAAGGUGUCCGUGUGAAAAAGGAACAAACUCUGACUACUCAAAUCAACGACUUAAAUCAGAAGGGAAACGCCAUUCAUCAAGAGAAUAUGGAACUUUACAAGAAGAUGAAUAUCAUUGUCAAGGAGAAUGAGGAAUUGCGGAAAAAGGUUUAUGGCCCGGGAAGCACAAGCGAAGAAAACAGGGUUCCCCACAAUACAAGCGAAGAAAACAGGGUUCCCCACAAAAUCAACGAUGGAUAUUCUUUUAUACCUAUAAAUCUUGAGCUGAGUCAUCCACAAAAGCAAACAAAUGGUGCACCAAAAGAUGCAAUGAAUUUGGGGCUUCAACUGCAGCAAUGACACGCUGGCAGCACAAACAAUAUGUUUCGCAGUUCUAAGCCAAGUUAUCCGACAAUCCUACUGAACAACUCAGAUGGACUUGAUAUUUUGUGGCUCACAAUGUGUCUGCAAACGGAUGGUCAUCCUGUUCAUUAACUGUGAAAAGACUAGAGAUUUUUAUGUACAUAGUCCCAUGAUUGUUGUAAUAAUGGCAGAAGGCAGAAGCAAGGAAUGUUUAAGGUUAACUCGAGCUAACAUUGUGGUAAUUGAUGUCGCCAGCGGUAGUCCCUACUAAUUCUUGUUAGAUAAGAUAAUGAUAAUACACUGGAGACAUGCCAAUAGGAUGCUUCAGUAAAUGUGAAAGUUAAAAUCGCCAUUAAUGGGGGUUGGGAAGGUAACAGUAUAGUACUAGUCCGUCAAACCAUAAUAUAUACUAAGAAUUGUUUGUUUUC